CAUUGGCAGGGGGCCACGUCAAUCAUAUGUGCCGGCGGGCGGUGUGCACGCCUCUAGCUCCAUCUCCAUUGGCGGAAAGCGAUGUCACUCAGCUGCAUGGUUGGGGGAUGGAUCGAGGAACCUGUUGGGGAGGGAUGACGUCAACACGCCGUACAGGUUCGGGUCAAUGCCUCCCGCUCCCUAUUGGCGGACAGGGACAUCAAUCGUCUUCUUCCCGUGGGUGGGAUGAUGACCCUCGUUUCUGAUUGGCGAAGGGAGACAUCAAUCACACACCGCGCCAGGGUCACGUGUUGAGAGGAGGUCGCCCGCUGUCCGGGUUGUAGCGGGUGAAGGCAGGAAGCUCGAAACCACCUUUGGGUUGAGGACAGCGCACUGGAUGGAAGGAGAAGGUAGCCACCGUGGCCCCAGCCCGGGAGAGAGCCGGUACGAGUGUGAUGUGUGCGGGAAGCAGUUUGCCUACACCUCCUCACUGUCGAGGCACAAGAGCAGCCACGUGGGCGGCACGUGGUACGAGUGCGAGGACUGCGGCAAGGGGUUUGUCUACCUGGCCAAGCUCAACACACACCGACGUACCCAUGACAAAGCCCGGCUGUACGCCUGUGCCGACUGCGGGAAGGGCUACCUGCACCCCUCGGUGCUAGAGGCCCACCGGCGCUCCCACACUGGAGAGAGGCCCUUUACCUGCCCGGUUUGCGGUAAGGGGUUUACCCAGUCCUCUGCCCUGUGCUCCCACCGCCGGGUACACAGCGAGGAGCGCCCCUUUGGCUGCGGUGAGUGUGGGAAGAGAUUUAAGAGUGCCCAGUGCCUGAUGAAACACCAGCGGCUACACACCGGCGAGAGGCCGUUCGGCUGCCAACUGUGCCUGAAACGUUUUGUCAGCGCCGGGGGCCUGCUGACCCACCAGCGGGUACACACGGGCGAGCGCCCCUUCGCCUGCUCGCUGUGCAGCAAGAGUUUCGCCCACGCCUUCAGUCUGCGCACCCACCAGCGGGUACACACCGGCGAGCGCCCCUUCACCUGCUCGCUGUGCGGGAAGGGCUUCACCCAGUCCUUCAGCCUCCGUACCCACCAGCGGGUACACACCAGGGAGCGCCCCUUCACCUGCCCGGAGUGCGGUAAGGGCUUCACCUACUCGUCCAGCCUGCUGGGGCACCGGAGGGUACACACAGGCGAGCGCCCCUUCACCUGCCCGCUCUGUGGGAAGGGCUUCACCUACCUGUCCAACCUGCAAGCUCAUCGCCGGCUCCACUCUGGGGACAGGCCGACGGCACCUCCUGCCCCGCUCCCUCCCGAGGGGCACACAGGCGGUGUAGUCGGGAAAAGGGAAAGUCCGGGAUCGGUGUUCAGCAGCACGCUGUGCCUUCAGCGCAUGCGUCAGAGCCAUCCCAUUUCGAUGUCUAAGAGCACAUUCCAAGGUGGAGGCAGCAGCGAUGAUAACAACAGCAUGGACAAAGCAUCCAUCUACUCCCAGACUACCCUGGAGAACCAUGCAUGCCUGCGGAACACAGGACAGGUGCCCAGAUCCCCGUUUCCCUGCCUCGUGUGUGGCAAAGUCUUUGCCUACCCCUCAUGCCUGCGGGUCCACCAGCUGGCACACACCGAGGAGAGGCCGUGCCGGUGCACCGACUGUGGCAAGAGCUUCAAGAGCCCCCAGGAGCUGCGCCGACACAGCCGGCUCCACUCAGGGAGGAGGCCCUACACCUGCUCGGUGUGCAGUAAGGGCUUUGCCCAGUCCUCCAAUCUGCUGGCCCACCAGCGGGUUCACACAGGCGAGCGGCCGUUUGCCUGCACUGUCUGUGGCCGUACCUUUGCUCGCUCCUCCCACCUGCUGCGGCACCAGCUGGUGCACACUGACGAGACGCCCUUCGAGUGCUUCGAAUGUGGCAAGGCCUUCAAGAGCGGCCAGGAGCUGAAGCGGCACCUGCAGGAGAAGGACGGCGAGCGGCCAUUCGGCUGCACUGUGUGCGGCAAGGCCUUUGCCCGGUCCUCCAACCUGCGGGCACACCGGCGGACCCACACCGACGAGCGACCUUUCAGCUGCCUGGCCUGCGGCAAGAGCUUCAAGCUGGCCAAGUACCUGCGUCAGCACCAGGCCGGCCAUGACAUGGAUGGGGGGAGGCCUUGUGCCUGCCCAGUGUGUGGCAAGGCCUUCACACUGCCCUCCGCACUGCGGGCACACCGGCGGAUCCACACCGACGAGCGACCUUUCAGCUGCCUGGCCUGCGGUAAGAGCUUCAAGCUGGCCAAGUACCUGCGUCGGCACCAGGAAAGCCACCGCGAGGGAGUAGGGGCUCGGGACGGGGAGUGUCCCACCCGAUUGGUUGGAGGACCAGACCGGUCCUCCGAACUCCGCGUUCACCCCAUUGGCCGCGGUCGCCCGUCCAUCAGCGGGCGGGUCGUCACGUGUCGCCCGCCGCCGCGGCCGUCGAUCGUUGGGUACCGUCUCUCUGUCACAGGCUCUGCUUCAGGGGAUCCUGCAAUGGACGGCCCGGGGCGGCCGGGGAGGCCAGAGCGGGAGCGGAGCAUGGCAGAGCCUGAGGAGCCAGGGGGAAAGCUGGACGUGCCAGGAGGAGGCAACGUGGCCAGCGGAGGAGGAGGAGGAGGUGCCGAAGGCACGGGCAAGGCCUACACCUGCCCGUUGUGCGGCCGGGGUUUCACCCAGUCGUCCAACCUGUCACGGCACAAGCGGAGCCACAGCGCUGAGCGGCCGUGCACCUGCGAGGUGUGCGGUAAGGGCUUCCUGUACCCCUCGCAGCUGAAGACUCACAUGCUGGGCCACAGCGGUGAGAAGCCCCACACCUGCCCCCGAUGCGGCAAGGCCUUCUCCCGCAUGUCGGGCCUGCUGACCCAUCAGUGGGUGCACACUGGAGAGAGACCCUACACCUGCACCGUUUGCGGCAAUGGCUUCACCGACCCAUCGAGCCUCAGCGUCCACCAGCGGGGCCACACCGGCGAGCGGCCGUAUGUCUGCGCCGAAUGCGGCAAGGCCUUCGCCCACUCCUCCACCCUGCUGGCCCACCAGCGGGUACACACCGGCGAGAGGCCCUAUGUCUGCCCAGACUGCGGCAAGGCCUUCACCCAGUCCUCGGUGCUGGUGGCUCAUCGUCGCCUGCACACGGACGAGCGACCCUACAUCUGUGCCAUGUGCGGCCGAGCCUUUGCCCAGUCCUCCUCGCUGCUCACCCACCAGCGGGUUCACACCGAUGAGCGCCCCUUCGCCUGCCCGGUCUGUGGCAAACGCUUCCGCUGGCUCUGUAACCUUCGCACCCACCGGCGCACACACACUGGCGAGCGCCCCUUUCCCUGCCCACUGUGUGGCAAGCGCUUCGUGGACUCGGGCAACCUGCAGGCCCACCGCCGGCUGCACACCGGCGCCAAGGAUUUCUCCUGCACCGUGUGCGGCAAGGCCUUUGUGCAGCAGGCGGCGCUCCUGGUUCACCACCGGGUACACACUGGCGAGCGGCCCUACAUCUGUGCUGUCUGCGGCUGCGGCUUUGCCCUCUCCUCCACCCUCGCCAUCCACCAACGCCGCCAUACGGGCGAGAGGCCCUUCACCUGCACCAUCUGCGGCAAGGGCUUCUCCCAGUCCUCCGCCCGUCUCAAGCACCAGCGGGUGCACCUCGCCGAGGAAGCGACCAGGGAACCAGCUUCCUGA